CGCGCGCGCGUGCCCACCAACAGGGAAGCGAAGCGCAAGUCGAGCAGGACCCCGUACACUAGCGCAGUCUACAAGUCGAGGAGAUUUCGACCCACUACAUCCAUUUCUCCCCUAUCAUGACCGAGUCAUCGGAUUCAGAUGGCAAGGAGGGCGCGCGGGGAUUCGCCAGGCAGGGCGCGCUGAGGCAGAAGAACGUGCACGAAGUGAAGGAUCACAAGUUCAUCGCGCGCUUCUUCAAGCAGCCGACCUUCUGCAGCCACUGCACCGACUUCAUCUGGGGUUUCGGCAAACAAGGCUUCCAGUGUCAAGUGUGCUGUUUUGUGGUUCACAAACGCUGCCAUGAGUUUGUUCACUUCUCCUGCCCAGGGUCCGACAAGGGCCCUGCAUCAGAUGACCCUCGCAAAUAUCAUUCGUUCAAGGUACACACAUACACCAGUCCCACAUUCUGUGACCACUGUGGAUCUCUACUGUACGGCCUCAUACACCAAGGGAUGAGAUGUUUGAAUUGUCUGAUGAAUAUUCAUAAGCGAUGCUUUAAGCAUGUUCCCAGCCUGUGUGGAACAGACCACACUGAGAAGAGAGGGAGGCUGCAUUUCUCUGCUAGUAUCACAGGCAAUGUUCUCAGUGUGUCCGUCAAGGAGGCUCGUAACUUGGUGCCAAUGGAUCCAAGCGGCCUGUCAGAUCCAUACGUGAAGCUCAAAUUAAUUCCAGACCCAAAGAGCGAGAGCAAGCAGAAGACCAAAACCAUAAAGGGCUGCCUCAAUCCGGUCUGGAACGAAGACUUCACCUUUGCCCUCAAAGACACGGAUAAAGACAGGCGCCUGUAUGUGGAGGUGUGGGAUUGGGAUCGGGGCACCAGGAAUGACUACAUGGGCUCCAUGUCUUUUGGCAUCUCUGAGCUGAUGAACCAAAGUGUGGACGGAUGGUUUAAGAUUCUCGCUUGUGAGGAAGGGGUCUUUUUCAACGUUCCUGUUUAUGUAGAUGAAGAGGAGGGCAACAAGGAGCUGAGUAAGAGAUUUGAGAGAGCCAAGAUUGGCCCGGGCACUAAUAAUACAGAUGGCGCUUCAAAAAAUGACCUCUCCAAAUAUGAUGCCAAUGGCAACCAAGACCGCAUGAAGCUCGCAGACUUCAACUUCAUCAUGGUGCUCGGCAAAGGCAGCUUUGGCAAGGUGAUGCUUGCGGAGCGUAAAGGUUCAGACGAGCUGUACGCAGUGAAGAUCUUGAAGAAGGACGUGGUGAUUCAGGAUGAUGAUGUGGAGUGCACCAUGGUGGAGAAGAGAGUUCUGGCUUUGUCUGGAAAACCACCGUUCCUCACGCAUCUCCACUCCUGCUUUCAGACGAUGGACCGUCUUUACUUCGUGAUGGAGUAUAUCAGCGGUGGAGACCUGAUGUUUCAGAUACAACAAACGGGAAAGUUUAAGGAGCCCCUCGCUGUGUUCUAUGCUGGAGAGAUUGCCAUUGGCCUGUUCUUUCUUCAUUCUAAGGGCAUUAUUUACAGAGAUCUGAAGCUGGAUAAUGUGAUGUUGGACUCUGAAGGCCACAUUAAGAUUGCAGAUUUUGGCAUGUGCAAAGAGAACAUGUUUGAUAAAGACACAACAAAAACCUUCUGUGGCACUCCAGAUUACAUCGCCCCAGAGAUCAUUGCAUAUCAGCCGUAUGGAAAGUCUGUUGAUUGGUGGGCUUAUGGAGUUCUCCUGUAUGAAAUGCUGGCAGGACAGCCUCCUUUUGAUGGUGAGGAUGAAGAUGAGCUGUUCCAGUCCAUCAUGGAGCAUCACGUGUCUUACCCCAAAUCCAUGUCCAAAGAAGCAGUCGCCAUAUGCAAGGGGCUGAUGACCAAGCAUCCCGGUAAACGUCUGGGCUGUGGACUGGAGGGUGAACGGGACAUUAAAGAGCAUGCUUUCUUCCGUUUCGUGGACUGGGAAAGACUGCAAAACAAGGAAGUUCAACCUCCAUACAAACCCAAAUCUUGCGGUCGAGACGCAGGGAACUUUGAUCUUUUUUUCACUCGUCAUCCUCCAAUCCUGACCCCUCCUGACCUGGAAGUGAUUCAAAACCUGGACCAAGAGGAAUUUCGAGGCUUCUCAUACGUUAAUACAAAAUUUGCAUCGAUGAAAUCCAAGUAGCCAGUUUUAGCCAAGCACAAUAUAUAUAGGGACCAAUGAGAUUAUAGAUACUGAAAUGACAGAGUUUGAAUGAGCCAAUGAGAGUUUGACCUGACUGUUGGAGGAACGGAGGUAAUUUCUAUAUCUAUAUUGUUCUUCCUUAUUAUUUCUGGUUUGAUUUAAAAAGGAUAAAGGGAAGAGAUUAAAGGAACUUGUAAAUGAACUUACAAAGAGUUAGUGUGUAGCAAGAUUUGGACUGUAUACUUGUAUAUCAUAGACUGUAGUCUAAAAACAACAACUAAAGUAUCUGGGUGACUCUAGUGUCCAAGUCACAUUUCACCCAAUAUUAAAAAUAGAGAUAUAAAAA